CAUUACUAAUCCAGCCCUCCUCUCUGCAGGGAGAUGCGGAUCGUCGCCCACUCUCUGGCCUGGCACACCGAGUGCCUGUGCUGAAUGGGCCUGUCCUCACGGGCACACACUCACCCAUGUUCAUCCCAGCUGGCUUGGAACAGCACGAGGCUGGGAGCCCCUUGUCCCCUCGGCUCCAGCCUGUCAUCAUCCUCGAGCCCUCAGUCACCCACGCUCCACUUGUGGCAGUGCCAGGUCUGGGGACAGUGCCCUUCUCCUUCACCCCAUCGCUCAUCUCUGCAGAGCGCCUGUCGCUCCCAGGCCACCACAAACCACUGGGCAGGACCCGCUCAGAGCCCCUGCCCCAGAACCCCAAAGCCAUCCAGCAGCAGCUGGUGUACCAGCAGCACCAUGCCCAGUUCCUGGAGAGGCUCAAGCAGCAGACUCACCUGGGCAAGCGCAUGGUGAAAACCAGCGAGAAGCCCCGGCUGCGGCAGAUCCCCUCCUCAGAGGACAUGGAGGCAGAGGGGAUGGAGGCUGGGGCUGAGAGCAGCGAGCAGGCAAGGGCAUGUGUGGAGCCUGCACGGCCGGGGAGCAGCGGGAAGGAGCCUGAGAGGCCUCAGAAGAUGCUGCAGCCUCAGGAGGAGCUCAUCCUCCAGCAGGCCUAUCUCUGGGACCCCUACCAGCGUGUGCAGCACCAGCUCCUCAAACGGCAGCCUCUGGCUGACUCCCCCAUGGUCCCAACCAUCCUCGCAGGGCACAGACCUCUCUCCAGGGCCCAGUCAUCUCCUGCCACCGCAACUGUCUCCCUCCCUGCUCAGGAUACGACCUCCAAGGCGCUCUCCCUGCCGGUGCAGGAGCAGACCAGCAAGCCCCAUUUCACAACAGGUAGGGCUCUGCCCCUGGUGGGAGUGCUCAGGGGCAGUUGAAUGUCUCUCCCAAUCUCUCCUGGCCUCCUGAA